AUGAGAGAAAGUAACCUGGUGCGACUGGUCCGUGCCUUCGUCGUCAGCAAGCUGGCAUACGUGCUGCCGUUCCUUCGUCUCGGGUUAGCAGGGAAGACCAAGCUCGACUGUCUUAUUCGCAAGUCGUACAAGAGUGCGCUGGGCCUGCCCGACUCCACUUCGAACAACCGUUUCGCGGUCCACGGCCUUCACAACACGGUGGAUGAGAUCGUGGAAGCUGAACGCCUAUCUCAAACGGAACGUCUCACGAGAAGUGCGACAGGUCGCCAUAUUCUCCGCAGCCUUGGCAUUCGCUACGACAGUCAGACUGGGCCCAAGUGCGCCGUUCCCACGCAGGUCCGGACCGCACUCCUGAUCCAGCUCAUUCCGAAGCACAUGCACCCUGUCGCUGUCGCGGGACGCAGGAGUGCGCAUGUUCGGGCUCUACGCUCCCUCCUCAGCAAGGAACAGGACGUCUACUACGUAGAUGCAGCCGGCUACGGCACCGGCAAGAUGGUAUCUGCUGUAUUCAAUGCCGGGGGGUCCCUCGUCGCGAGCUGGAGCAUUGACACUACGGACCCGGGAACGGCAGAAGAGGUGGCCAUCGCCCUCACUCUCCAAACGCACAAGGCACGCUUCGUUGUGAGCCAUUCACAACGGGCCAUCCGAGAUUUUGCCAAGGGUCGUGUAUUGCCACAAACAGCCAGAAUUCUGCGCGGGGUCGCUCGCACGACGUCUCCCAUCAAGGUGAUCUGGACCCCAGCUCACUCGUCUCUUCCCGGUAACGGGGAGGCUCACAGCGCAGCCCGAGGAUUGAUUGGCCGGGCUGGCCUAACACUGGACCCCUCCACCACGUCGUUGGCGGGGAGAGACGGGCUGGUCACUUUCCGGGACGUCCUCGACUACUACGCGGGCGAUCGCGCUCGCUAGCCGCCGGCGCACGCCACGCUGGACAAGGCAUCGCUUGCAACGCCUGCAGACGAACCCCUACCCGAACCCUUACACGCUCCACAAGUGAUACCCGGACCGCUACUAUCCCAAAUGUAAGCUCUGUGGAGCAAGGGCGAACCUGCGGCACAUGCUGUGGGAGUGCGCACGACUCGAUCGAUCGAAGUAUCCCAAGAUCUCCGCAGUCACCAGUCAAGACGACUGGGACGCUCUCCUCAAGGCCGCCUCACGGGAGGUCCAAGAAGCCAUUGUCCGAUGGUCCGAGGACGCCGCCAAGA